AUGGUCAAUCGGCCGCGUGGCCUAAUGGCUAAGGCGCUAGAUUUCGGUCCUCCCUUGACGAUAUUCUCUAGAGAUUCCAGGUUCGACUCCUGGCGUGGUCGCAAUACACUCGAAACAAAUGCCCAUGAUGUCGCGUGUUUGCUCAAGCUUUCUUUGCCUGCGGGCGACUUCCAUCGCAGCAUGGCCACACAGUCAACCUACAAGGAGAGCUGCUGUACGGCUAGCAUCGUCGUUCUGACACUCGGCAUAGGCCGUAGAAAAUUGACCUUCACCGCCAGCAAGUCUGUCAAUUGCCCUUUAGAUUAUUUCGCCCUUGAGGGUCGAAUCCGCGCCCGGCCAACGAGACGAAAAAGACUCGACGACGGAACCAUGUCUGCUUCGCUCCCCGGUGACCGCGAGCUGCCGCGCUCGCAGUAUGAUCUGUCCACAUACUUUGGGCGAGUCCAGCAUGCCAUCACGUUGACUGACCCAAGCACGCUCUUUGCCGGGCAUUCGGGCCUCGAGAAUGCAAAACAGCUCGUUACAAAGUAUAAGACGGGCGAGAUUAGGGACAUGACUGCCGAGCUGUGGAAUGCCAAGAAGAUUGUCGACUCGACUCUGCAUCCUGAUACUGGUGAGGCGGUGUUCCUGCCCUUUCGAAUGUCGUCGUUUGUCCUGUCCAACCUUGUCGUAACGGUCGGUAUGCUGCAGCCAGGGUUAGGCACGGUCGGCACAGUCGGAUGGCAGAUUGCCAACCAGUCGCUCAACGUGGCCGUCAACAGCUCCAACGCCAACAAGUCGUCGCCGAUGACGAUGGAGACGCUAGCCAAGUCGUACAGCAUUGCGGUGACAGCAUCGUGUUCGGUGGCACUCGGUCUUAAUGCCCUGGUGCCGCGGCUGCGCGUGGCGCCGUCGACGCGCAACAUCCUCAAGCGGCUGAUACCAUUCGCGGCCGUCGCCUCGGCAGGCGCGCUUAACGCCUACAUUAUGCGGCGCGGCGAGAUCACGACGGGAAUCGACGUGCGCCCCGUCAUCUCGGAGGCGCAGAAGCAGCAGAUGCAGGCUGAAGGCAAGUCGGAGCGCGACGUGCCGUCGCUGGGCCGCAGUCAAAAGGCGGCCAAGCUGGCUGUGUACGAGACGGCGGCGAGCCGCGUUUUCAACAAUAGUCCCAUCAUGAUCAUCCCCGCCAUGGUGCUCUACCACAUCCAGGAGAAGCAAGCGUGGUAUAAGCGCUUCAUGGCCAAGCAGUGGGUGCAGUCGCGUCCCAAGGUGGCCAUGCUGGUGCCGAUUGGCCUCAAUCUGGGUCUCAUCACGGUGGUGUCGUUUGUGGCGCUGCCGCUGGCACUCGCCGUGUUCCCCCAACAGCAGGAGAUUAGCGCCGACGACCUGGAGCCCGAGUUCCACGGCAAGGGAGGCGACGGAGGCAAGGUCUGGUUUAACCGCGGUCUGUAA